AUGAAGCUAUUUUCAAUUUUCCUUAUCUUCACCAUCUUCAUCAUUGCAUCAGCAUUAGUUGCUGCGAAGAAUGCUGCUGAUGUAACGGAGUUGCAGAUUGGCGUUAAGUAUAAACCAGCAUCAUGUGAAGUUCAGGCACACAAAGGCGAUAAAGUGAAAGUACACUAUCGGGGAAAACUCACUGAUGGAACUGUAUUCGAUUCUAGCUUUGAAAGAAAUAGUCCGAUUGAUUUUGAGCUUGGUGGUGGUCAAGUGAUCAAAGGAUGGGACCAAGGAUUAUUGGGAAUGUGUCUUGGUGAGAAGCGAAAACUGAAAAUCCCAGCAAAACUUGGCUAUGGAGAGCAGGGUUCCCCACCAACUAUUCCAGGUGGUGCAACACUUAUAUUUGACACUGAGCUUGUGGGAGUGAACGACAAAAGCUUAAGCGAAGAAAAAUCAACCUCGUCCGAACUGUAG